AUGGAUCGCAUCAACACCAGUAAAGCCGCCGCAAAUCACGCCAACUUGCAAUAUCGCGAGACCGAAUCUAGGCUCACUAACGAGGUCAAGCAACUAAAUGAGCAGCUGCGCUGUCAACGUGCCAAAUUCGAUGCCGAUCGGAAAUCUCUGCAAGCACAGCGACAAAACCUGGUUAAAGCCGAGUUAGCUGCCAAUUCGCAGAUCGCAGAAUACAAUCGGUGUGUGACCCAAAGCGAGCGCGCUUUGACUGAGCAAAAACAACGGUUGAAAAAUGGUAGACUUAUCGCAAGCGAACUGCUACAGGGAAACAAUGCCAUGCACUCACAGAUUGGCAAUCAUUCCGCCAUUGCACACGUUCAAAGCGUCACUGACAAGGCUCAUCCGAAGUUCUUCCCCGAGCGGAUGCAAAAUUUUGCCGAGGCGAUGUUGCCGCCAAUGUUGCGCAACCAGAAUGAACUGAAGGUGGUCGAUGUCGUAAAACAAAUAGAGUAUACACUAAGAGAUGCAGUCACAGUGUGCAAUUCUAUGAAAAAAGCUCUCGAACAGUUUGUGACUAUUCUUUGUGCCGAUGAUCUGCAAGUGAGAGGGCACGUGGUGGUAACUAUUGAGGAGCUGAUGUACACCUAUUGGCCUAGGCUUGUCGCCUGCCAUUGCGACAAAGCUUCAUACUACGAGCGUGGAUUGUGCGAGGUGAUAAACGAACACAGAAUCGUUUCAACAUUCAUGCUACGACACAACACCUUCAGGCCUCUUGCGUGGAACUCCAUAGGAACCAUAGUGCCUUUUGACGAGAAGGUUUACGCUUAUCAGGGAACCGUCCCGAAAUACAGUUUGCUCUCUUUGCCAUGCAAGGUCAUCUUUCCACCAUUGUGGGACAAGAACGGUUUAUUGCUCAGCAAAGGCUUCGCGGUGGCGUCCUAUCGGAAUUGA